GACGCUCCCAAUUUCACGGGCUCCUUCUACUCCAAGACCAAAGCCAUGGUAGAGGAUCUGCUCCGCAACUACGAUAACGUCUGCACCUUGCGUGUCAGGAUGCCUAUCUCCUCCGAUUUAUCCAACCCCCGCAAUUUCAUCACCAAGAUUACUCGAUACGACAAGGUUGUCAACAUUCCCAAUUCCAUGACCAUAUUGGACGAGCUUCUUCCCAUCUCCAUCGAGAUGGCCAAGAGGAACCUCACUGGGAUCUGGAACUUCACCAACCCUGGAGUCGUCAGUCACAACGAGAUUUUGGACAUGUACAGAGAAUACGUGGAUCCCGAUUUCACGUGGAGGAACUUCACUCUUGAGGAGCAGGCCAAGGUGAUCGUUGCUCCCCGGAGCAACAAUGAGCUUGACGCCCACAAGUUGAAGAAGGAAUUUCCGGAACUGCUUUCUAUCAAGGAUUCGCUCAUUAAGUAUGUCUUCAAGCCCAACCAGAAGGUCAAAGCUUGAGUUUGAACGUGAACUCUAAAGCCUCUCAUUUUUAUGGAUUUCUA